AUGGCCCCAACUGAUUCGGUCAAGCAGAACGGGUCACCUCACAAAUCAUAUUCCGCGCCUUCGAGCGAGUCCGAAGCCGGUGAACUCUCGGACGAGGCCGUUACCCCUGGACCCGACGGGCCUGCGUCGACUUCAGUCAAACACCCUCUCCACCAGAUCAAGGCGCCUGGCAGUGUCCAGGCUCUUGCGGUCGACGACGAUGUCAUCUUUGCCGGCACCCAAGGAGGCCACAUCGUGGUGUGGUCUCUCGAGACGUACGAGCUGCUGGCUACUGUCCCUGCCCACAAAGAGAGUGUCCUGAGCAUCGCGCUCUCUGACGACAGGUCGCUCCUUUUCUCCACUGGUGCCGAUGCCAUUGUCAAUGUCUGGUCCACCGAGUCUUUACAGAGACUGUAUUCUCUUUAUUCGCAUUUUGAAAUCGGAGAUGUCUUCUGCGUGGUCCAUUCGACCAAGAUCCAGACUCUGUUUUGGGGCGCCCAGAAUGCCAGCAUUCAAUGGUACAGGCUCAGCACUGACGCCACGGCCAAGUCUCCCGCGUUAACCUUUUCACCGGGUUCUCGCCAACAUCGAUUCUUUGACUCCUUGGGACCUGGAGGCAUAGCUAAUGUCAUUGCCGAUGAAGAAGGCGCAACCAGCGGACGGAACAACCUGGGUGGUCGAGUCCUGACCGUCCCAAGCAGCAACUAUCUGCCGUACGCCCACAAAAGCUAUAUUUACAGUAUGCUACUGGUGAAAGGGCUCUUUACUCGUGGCAGAGAUGAAGAAGUCCUCAUCACCGGGGGUGGCGACGGAACCAUCAAGCUCUGGUCGAUUGAUGGUCUCUCUGAAUCUGGCCCGAAACAGAUCACAAAAUUCAAAAAUGCAGACUCUAAUGUGUUGAGCCUCUCAUACAGAGGCUCGUUCCUUUAUGCUGGCUUGUCGGAUGGCAUUGCUCACAUUUACAAUCUUGCAUCAAACCAACUCGUGCAAAGGUUACAGGUGGGCCAUGGCGAUGUCAGUCAGAUCCUGGUAGGCGUAGAGAGUAUCUUGUGCGGAACUAGCCAAGGAUGGAUCAAGCGGUACGACGACCAUUUCGCAGAGAUCGAAUCGUGGCAAGCGGCGGCUGGAAAGAUUCUAGCGAUGGGGUUGACAACAACCCCUGAUCAUGAUAUGGUCGCUACGGGAGGCAACAACAGCUUUGUGUCCUUUUGGAGCGGGAAAGCUGGUUCUCAGGUCUCCAUAGCUGCUUCUGCACGCAGCAAUGAUGAACUCGUCAACGCCCUUCGAGAGUUUGUGGCGUACCGUACAGUCGCUUUGAACCCAAUAUGUGUUCGGGACUGUCACGAAGCCGUCACCUUUCUCCGCAAGAAAUGUAAUGCCUUUGGUGGGACCACCUGCCUCCUAUCGCCCCAGGAAGGUGUCAAUCCAAUAUUACUCGCGAGAUUUCCGGCCUCGAAACAUACCGAAUCCACGCGAUCGAUCCUUUUCUAUGGCCAUUACGAUGUGGUCGACGCCGAGUUUGACGCCAACAGCUCAAAUCCAACGUGGAACGGGGAUCCGUUCGUUCUUCAACCACUCAGCUCGUAUCUCUACGGUCGCGGUGUGACCGACAACAAAGGUCCCAUCUUGGCGGCCAUCUAUGCCGUGGCCGAUCUAGUCCAGCACGACUCAUUGUCCUGCAAUGUGACGUUUCUUCUUGAAGGCGACGAAGAAGCUGGCUCUCGAGGUUUUCGCCAGACGGUUCAAUCUGCCCAUGACGCUAUUGGUCCCGUGGACUACAUUCUUCUAUCCAAUAGUUACUGGCUCGAUGAUCACAUUCCCUGUCUCACGUUCGGCAUGCGCGGAGUUGUUCAUGCCAGUGUAAGUGUCACUUCGAAUCGACCAGAUCUGCAUUCGGGGAUGGACGGCAAGUCUGUCCAGCACGAGCCACUCAAGGACCUCACGGUUCUGCUUGCUGCCCUUGUCGGCCCUUCUGGAACAAAGGUCACAAUUCCGGAUUUCUACGACACGGUAGAUGAUCUGUCUGAGUCGGAAGUAAAGGCCUACGCAUCCAUCACGUCAUCGCUCCUACCGGGCCAUCCAGAGAUCAGGAAUGAGAAGGCUUUCGCUCUCUCACUCAUGCAACGGUGGCGAUAUCCCAAUCUGACCGUGCACCGCAUCGAAGUGCCCGAAGCAAAGACAGCCGUCACCAUUUCUGGCUCUGCGAAGGCGACACUGUCAAUCCGAAUAGUCCCGUCCCAGACAGCCGAGCAGAUUGCGCAAUCCCUGACAGAAUAUCUGCGAGCCGAAUUUGCGAAGCUACAGAGCUCGAAUACUCUGACCGUCACCAUCACGUCGAAGGCGGAUCCCUGGCUUGCCGAUGUGAAAAGCGAGAUCUACACGGCCCUAAAGGACGCCAUUAUCGACGUCUGGAAUCCAGAUAUCGCAGCCCACCAGCAACGAGCGUUCAAGAUCUCCGCGGGCGGCAAUCAUACGCCUGAAACAGAGAGGGGCGCAGCAACACUGUCCAAGUCUACACCCCCCAAGUCCGCCGCGGCCUCGUCAUCAUCAACGGCGGCGGCAGCCGCAGCAGCAGCAGAAGCCCCAACCCGCACAUCCCACCGCCGCGCCUCCUCCCUCGCCACGACCGGCUUCUUCCCACCAUCCACCCUCCCCAGAGAACCCCUGUUCAUCCGCGAAGGCGGCAGUAUCCCCGCGAUAUCGUUUUUGGAAAGCGAGUUUGAUGCCCCCGCCGCCAUGUUCCCCAUGGGCCAGGCGAGCGACAAUGCGCAUUUAGAUAACGAGAGGAUGAGGGUAGAGAACCUGUACAAGGGACGGGAGGUGCUGAAGAGGGUGUUUGCGAGGUUGUGA